UCUAAUCGAGAGUGGACGCUAAAUGUACACACACAGUACAAAAGUAAAAAAGCGCUAUAACCCCGUACUGUGGUGAUCCACCCGAAUUUAAACGAUCUCGUUUCGCGGUGUUAAUUGCAUUUUACUGCGACAGUUCGAUACAAACCGAAACGCGACUGAACGGUGCAAACAGGUUCCCAGUGGUUAAUCAAAUUCGACCAGAUCAAUAACCAUCCAUGUAUCCCGCUUCUUACUAAUUAAGAGAAAUUCCAAUUAAUUGUAAUUUUCGUCAAGGAAUGCAAAUCUUCGAAUCAGCCAUGUGAUUGCAGAUGUAUGAACCGCGUUCUAUUAAAAUAUUGUAUGUUGUAUUCGUAUUCCUGCCCGCUUGCUUGCCGCAGCUGUUGCUAUAAGUAGUGCAGUUACAGUCGAUAUUUAGCGGCUGACUUAUGCAAAUUAAUUUUCAGUAAUUUAUUGCUGUUAACGCUUCAAGUCACGAGUUAAACAUUGAGCUUGAAAGUAUUGCUUAGCGAUUUUUUUUAAACAUGUAUGAAUAUUUGAAUGUAUAUGUAUGUGUGUAUCAAGAUAAUCAAACGUGCACACAUAACGAAUUGGUUUCGUACGGAUGCUAAAUAUGAAUAUUUCAAAAAUGACUUCGGACACGCCUACUUCGGAUUUAGGGUUCGGCGACAAGCAAGAAGCUAAGCAACCGAGUGCCUUAAAAAUGGCCAGUAUGACCAGAAGACGCUCAUCGGCCGCGUCUACAUGCUCAUUCAGCUCAGCAUGUUAUACUGGCAGUUCGGAUGAGGAUACUGUAUCUCCACGCGAAAAGAGGCAACGUAAUAGCGCCGGCAGCUCCGAUUUUUGUGUUAAGAAUAUUGCUUCACAACAUGCUUUCGGGAGAAGAGAAAUUGAAAUUGCCGAAAAAGAAAUGCCGGGUAUACUUGCACUUCGUAAACGCGCUUCAGAAGAUAAGCCUCUGAGGAAUGCUCAGAUCGUGGGUUGCACCCAUAUAAAUGCUCAAACAGCGGUACUCAUUGAAACACUGGUAGAGUUGGGUGCCACCGUUCGCUGGGCAGCUUGCAAUAUAUACUCUACGCAGAACGCUGUAGCCGCUGCACUCGCCGAGGUGGGUAUCCCAAUAUUUGCUUGGCGUGGUGAAACCGAAGAGGAUUUCUGGUGGUGCCUUGAUAAGUGUGUCAACUCGGAAAAUUGGCAUCCAAAUAUGAUAUUGGACGACGGCGGUGACGCCACUCAUUUAAUGUGGAAAAAAUACCCCACCCUUUUCAAGGCAAUCAAAGGCAUUGUUGAAGAGAGUGUGACCGGGGUGCAUAGAUUGUAUCAGUUGGUGAAGAACGGAAAACUAACUGUUCCGGCAAUAAAUGUUAACGAUUCUGUAACGAAAGCAAGAUUCGAUAAUUUCUACAACACGAAAGAUUCCAUUUUGGAUAGUUUAAAACGAUCAACGGAUAUUAUGUUUGCUGGUAAGCAAGUGGUUGUUUGUGGCUAUGGUGAUGUGGGUAAGGGAUGUGCACAGAGUCUCCGCGGACAGGGCUGUAUAGUGUACGUAACUGAAAUCGACCCGAUCUGUGCGCUGCAAGCAAGUAUGGACGGAUUUCGCGUAGUGCGUUUAAAUGAGAUUGUUCGUCAAGUGGAUAUUAUUGUGACGGCUACUGGAAACAAGAAUGUCGUUAGUCGCGAGCAUAUGGAUCGCAUGAAGUCUGGAUGUAUUGUCUGCAAUAUGGGCCAUUCCAAUUCGGAAAUUGAUGUUAAUAGUUUACAUUCUCCUGAGCUGUCGUGGUUGAGAGUACGUUCGCAAGUGGACCACAUCAUUUGGCCUGAUGGGCGCAUGAUCAUCUUAUUAGCGGAAGGACGUCUUGCUAAUUUGUCUUGUUCCACUAUUCCAUCAUUUGUGGUAUCGGUUACAGCUGCAGCACAAGCUUUAGCUCUUAUAGAGUUAUUUAACGCUCCAGUUGGGCGCUAUAAAUCCGAUGUUUAUCUGUUACCUAAAAAGAUGGAUGAAUAUGUCGCAAGUUUACAUUUACCAGUCCUAGACGCACAUUUGACGGAACUUACCGAUGAGCAAGCCAAAUAUCUAGGACUAAAUAAGGCUGGACCUUUUAAACCCAAUUACUACAGAUACUAAAUAUAAAAAACCCUUGCGAAGUAUUUAAUUAAUUAUGUAAACCCUGAUUCUAUCAAUUCAACCGAAGAACAAAGGAAGGCUGUUGUUGGAAAAAGUAACGUCAGAAAAAACGUUGUAUGAAAUGUAAAUUAUUGAAAUAUUUGAAAUAAUUUGUUACAUGUGUGUUUUAUGUUACAAUUAAUUUUAUCAGAAUGUAUUAAAUUUAUAGAUUUGUUUUAUAUUUAAUCUCAACUUCGAAAAAAUAAACUUUUUAUGUUUAAAAAACUUA